AUGGGUGUCCCUUUUGACUAUGCGCCAGAUAGGCCUGAACAUAUCGAUGCUAUCCUCAACGGACUCGAUCGUUAUAACCCCGAAACAACAAAUAUUUUCCAGGAAUACGUAACGCUGCAGUGUGAAGAGAAAACUUAUGAUUGCUAUGCUAAUCUAGCGCUCUUGAAACUUUACCAAUUCAACCCCCACCUCACCAAAGACGAAACCAUAACCAACAUUCUUGUCAAGUCCCUCACCGUCUUCCCCUCCCCAGACUUCAGCCUCGCUCUCCACCUCCUCCCACCCCACAUCCUUACACCUAUCUCAGCCUCAUCAUCUCUCCCCGCAGCAGGCGACGCUCCUCUCUCCGAAGCCGUACAAAAGCUUGCCGUUCUCAACACUCUCCUCUCCUCCGCAAACUACAGUCAAUUCUGGUCAACCCUCGAUUCCGAUGAUUUAUACGCCGAUCUCAUCGCCGAUGUAAGUGGUUUUGAAGAAUUGGUCCGUAUCCGUAUCGCCUCGACGAUUUCUCAAUCCGUGCGCGAAGUAGCUAGUUCAGAGCUCGAGAACUGGCUUGGAAUGAACGGUGAAGCCUUUGAGAAAUUCAUCAAGGAAGUAUGUGGAUGGACCAUAGAAAAUGGCGCUGUCAUUGUACCAUUAAACAAGGAGAAUGAGGCCAAGGGAACCGUGGUCAGGGAAAAUGUCAAGAUGGAGCAAUUCUCGAGGGUAAUCAAGAGAGCUUAUGAGCAACCUGCUUAG